AAGAGGGCGGACCACUCCAGUCUCUGUGGGCACUGCAUCAUGGUGAGGAAUCUAGACAACCUGGACUUCCAUCUGCCUUCACAUGCCCAAGACAUGCUGGAUGGCCUGCAGCGUCUGCGUUCCCUGCCCAAGCUGGCCGAUGUCACACUCCUGGUUGGUGACCAGGAGCUGCCCUGUCACCGCAGCCUCCUGGCUCUGAGUAGCCCCUACUUCCACGCCAUGUUUGCGGGAGACUUUGCCGAGAGCUUUUCGGCACGUGUGGAACUGCGAGAUGUAGAACCGGCUGCGGCGGGACAGCUGGUGGACUUCGUGUACACAGGCCGGCUGACCAUUACCCAGACUAAUGUGGAGGCUUUGACCCGCACCGCAUCGCGCCUCCACUUCCCUACUGUGCAGAAGGUCUGUGGCCGAUACCUCCAGCAGCAGUUAGAUGCCACCAACUGCCUGGGCAUCUGCGAGUUUGGGGAGCAACAGGGGCUGUUGGGUGUGGCUGCCAAAGCCUGGGCCUUCCUGCGGGAAAACUUCGAGGCGGUGGCACAAGAGGAUGAGUUCUUGCAGCUGCCUCGAGACCGGCUGGCCACCUGUCUGGCCAGUGACCUACUGCAGGUACAACCGGAGCAAAGUCGGCUCGAGGCCCUGCUGCGCUGGGUGCGCCAUGACCCCCAGGAGCGCUCUGCCCACCUGCCCGAGCUUCUCAGCCUGGUGCACCUGGAUGCUGUGCCAAGGCCCUGUGUGCAACAGUUGCUGGCCACAGAGCCGCUGAUUCAGGAGUCGGAGGCAUGCCAAGAGGCCCUGUCCCAGGGCCACAGUAAGGAGCUUCCUGGCCUCCCACAGAAGAUGCAGGAGGUGCUGGUGGUCGUGGGAGGGCGGGCGCUGGAAGAGGAGGACGAGGAGGGUGGUGAAGAACCCAGCCCCCACACCGGGAACUUUGCCUUCUACAACACCAAGGCCAGGCAAUGGAUGGCACUUCCGGACUUCCCCGAUUACCACAAGUGGGGCUUCUCCCUGGCAGCACUCAAUAGUGAUGUCUAUGUCACAGGUGGCUCAAGAGGCACCAAAACAGACACCUGGUCGACCACCCAAGCCUGGUGCUUCCCACUGAAGGAAGCUGUCUGGAAGCCUGUGGCGCCCAUGCUGAAGGCACGCACGAAUCAUGCCAGCACAGCACUGAAUGGAGAGAUCUAUGCCAUAGGUGGCACGGCCCUGGACGCAGUGGAGAUGGAACGCUAUGACCCCUAUACGGACAGCUGGACUCCUGUCAGCCCAGCCCUCAAGUAUGUCAGCAACUUCUCGGCUGCCAGCUGCCAGGGCCGCCUCUACCUGGUGGGCUCCAGUGCCUGCAAGUACAACAUGCUGGCUCUCCAAUGCUACAGCCCUGUGACAGAUGCGUGGAGUGUGAUCGCAUCACCUUUCCUGCCCAAGUAUCUGUCCUCUCCACGCUGCGCUGCUCUGAACGGAGCCCUCUAUCUCAUUGGGGACAACACUAAAAAGGUGUAUGUGUAUGACCCGGGGGCCAACCUGUGGCAGAAGGUGCAGUCUCAGCACAGCCUGCACGAGAACGGUGCAUUGGUGUCUCUGGGCGAUGCGCUGUAUGUGACAGGCGGCCGCUGGCAGGGCAUGGAUGGCGACUACCACGUGGAGAUGGAGGCCUACGACACUGUGAGGGAUGCCUGGGCCCGCCACGGCUCCCUACCGCGUCUCUGGCUCUACCAUGGGGCCUCUACCAUCUUUCUGGACAUCUCUAAGUGGACGAAGCCCUUCAGCUCCCAUGCCACCCAGGGGCACUAGGAAGGCAGGCGUUCCUGGGUCAGCUCUCCAUUGCCCUGCGGAGCGGCUCUUGUUAUGUUUGCCUCUGUUUGCUGUGAGCUGCUGCCGCCCUCUCCAGGGCUUGGGCCGGGCUCUAUAUCAGAUGUCACAGCUGAGGACACAGCUCUGGUCUAUGGUGCUACCAAACUUUGUG